GUUUGUUUGUUUGUACAGAUUACAGAUUUUGAUUCACAUCCUUUCACAGAUAUUUAUAAAAAUCCUGCAGUAACUCCAUCUCUCAUCAGCUCAGAAUGGACCACCAUGACUGGCAUCGAGGGAGGAACAGAGGUCACAGGCACUAUGAUGAGGAUGACAAUGAUGAGGUCCAACCAUUCUACAUCGGUGUUCCAGUUGCACACAGACGGAAAAGACGCAGACAUCACUCCUACACUCGUGAUGCCGAGCAUGACUCACGGCACUCACACUACGAUCACUAUGCACGCCAUGAGCACUCACACGGAGAAUACUACCACGACAGAGAGGAGCCCUGUGACGACGGAGGCAGUGCAGAGCAUCACGAGCACGUUGAUCCCACAGUGUCACCGGCUGCAGAGCGACUUCGUCACAUUCUAGGGGAGGAUGACAGCUCCCCAACGCCGACAAUAUUCACUGAAAUGGACACACUGCAGCUAUAUGGAGAUGAACUGGAGUGGAAAGAGUCUGCAAGGUGGGUAAAAUUUGAGGAGAAGGUGGAGGAGGGAGGAGAACGAUGGAGCAAGCCCCAUGUCUCCACACUGACCCUUCACAGCCUUUUUGAGCUGAGGACCUGCCUGCAGACAGGAAGUCUUCUGCUUGAUCUGGAAGGCUACUCCUUACCACAGAUAGUGGAGGAGAUUGUGGAUCGACAGAUAGCUGACGGUCUCAUUCCUCAGGAUCUGAAGGAGAAGAUUAUUUUUGUACUGCUCAGAAAGCACCGUCACCAGACCAAGAAACCAAUCCACCGCUCACUGGCAGACAUAGGAAAGUCCACCAACACUUCCUCCAAUCGCAGUCCUCAGGCUAAUCUGAGUCGUAGUCCUAGUUCAGCUUCUGGGAUCCACCGCUCCACAGAGGACCUACGUUCUCGGCAGUCAAGCAGCCUUGGCCGCCUGCAUUCUGCUCAGAGCCGAAGCAUGAAUGAUAUUUCAGACACACCCAGCACCGACCAGCUGAAGAAUAAGUUCAUGAAGAAGAUUCCUCGUGAUGCUGAGGCUUCCAAUGUUAUGAUUGGUGAGGUGGAUUUUCUGGACAAACCAUUUGUCUCUUUUGUUCGUCUGGCUCAAGCCACAACACUGGGAGGCCUCACUGAGGUACCAGUCCCCACCAGGUUUCUCUUCAUUUUACUGGGUCCUCAAGGCAAAACCAAAUCCUACAAUGAAAUUGGAAGAGCAAUUGCUACUCUCAUGGUAGAUGAUCUCUUUAGUGACGUUGCCUACAAAGCGAGGGAUCGUGAUGACUUAAUUGCAGGUGUGGAUGAGUUUCUGGAUGAGGUGAUUGUUCUUCCUCCAGGGGAAUGGGAUCCUAAAAUUCGCAUUGAACCUCCCAAAAAAGUUCCAUCAGCAGAAAUGAGGAAGUCCGUUCUUAACCUGAAUGAGCUGGGUCAGAUGAAUGGCUCAGCAGGUGGAGCAGCUGGAGGAAAAGAUGAGGGGCUUCCUGUUCAGCAUGAACUGGGAGAGGAACUGAAAUUCACUGGGAGAAUUUGUGGUGGAAUGUGGCUGGACAUCAAAAGGAAGAUGCCCUUUUAUUGCAGUGAUAUUUAUGAUGGCUUCCAUAUCCAGUCUAUCUCUGCUGUCCUCUUUAUUUACCUGGGCUGCAUCACCAACGCCAUCACCUUUGGAGGACUGCUGGGAGACGCUACUGACAAUUACCAGGGAGUAAUGGAGAGUUUCCUUGGCACUGCUUUAGCUGGAACUGUCUUCUGUUUGUUUGGAGGACAACCGCUCAUUAUUCUCAGUUCAACUGGACCCAUUCUCAUUUUUGAGAAACUGCUUUACAACUUCAGCCAGACCAACGACAUCGACUACAUGGAGCUGCGUUUGUGGAUCGGCCUUCACUCAUGCCUGCAGUGUUUUAUACUGGUUCUCACAGAUGCUAGCUACAUUAUCAAAUACAUGACACGUUUCACUGAAGAGGGUUUCUCCAGCCUUAUCUCCUUCAUUUUUAUCUCAGAUGCAAUCAAGAAGAUGGUGGAAUCCUUUAAAUAUUACCCAAUCAACCGUGGCUUCAAGCCUGAUUAUGUGACAGCCUACAAGUGUGAAUGCAUUGCUCCAGACCAGGCCUCUGCUCUGGGUUUAAAUGUUUCAGCUCCACUCGCAGAUGAUAACAUGACUCUGUUGUUUAAUUUGACAGACCUGGACUGGAGUCAGCUGAGUAAGAAAGAGUGUGUGAAAUAUGGUGGUUCUCUGGUGGGGAACGCGUGUAAGUAUGUCCCCGACCUGGCCCUCAUGUCCUUCAUUCUCUUCUUUGGCACCUACUCCAUGACUAUUUCUCUCAAGAAGUUCAAGUUCAGCCGCUACUUCCCGACAAAGAUGAGGAAGCUAAUCAGUGAUUUUGCCAUCUUCAUGUCAAUCCUGGCCUUUGUGGGUCUGGAUUUAUUGAUGGGUUUAGACACACCUAAACUAAUCGUUCCAACAGAAUUCAAGCCAACACGUCCUGACCGUGGUUGGAUUGUUCUUCCGUUUGGUAAGAACCCCUGGUGGUGGUAUCUGGCCAGCUUCGUUCCUGCUCUCCUCGUCACCAUCCUCAUCUUCAUGGAUCAGCAGAUCAGUGCCGUUAUCGUCAAUCGCAAGGAAAACAAACUUAAGAAAGGCUGUGGUUACCACCUGGACUUGUUCUGGGUGGGUAUCCUGAUGGCUCUGUGCUCGUUCAUGGGUCUGCCCUGGUACGUCGCUGCCACUGUCAUUUCCAUCGCUCACAUCGAUUCUCUGAAGAUGGAGAGCGAGUGCAGCGCUCCUGGAGAACAGCCACAGUUUCUUGGAGUCAGAGAACAGCGACUAACCGGGAUUCUGGUGUUUGUUCUGACCGGACUCUCGGUGUUCCUUGCUCCCAUCCUUCAGUACAUCCCCAUGCCGGUCCUUUAUGGAGUGUUCCUCUACAUGGGAGUAGCGUCACUGAGCGGCAUCCAGUUCUGGGAGCGGAUCAAGUUGUUUCUGAUGCCGCCCAAACACCAGCCAGACUUCUCUUUCCUGCGCCACGUCCCCCUUAGACGUGUCCACCUCUUCACUCUUGUCCAGAUCACCUGUCUGGCUGUUCUCUGGAUCCUCAAGUCCACAUUCCUGGCCAUCAUCUUCCCAGUCAUGAUUCUGGGUCUGAUGUUUGUACGAAAACUACUGGAUCUGAUGUUUUCUCAACAUGACCUGGCAUGGCUGGAUGACCUCCUGCCUGAUAAAGACAAAAAGAAGAAAGAGGAUGAGAAGAAGAGGAAGAAAGAGAAGAAAGCCGUUGAGCCAGAGAGCGACGAGGAGUGUUGCUGAAAAGGCACUGUAUAACACUUACUACAAUCUUCUUGUCUGUCUGCCUUUAUUAUCCAUGUUUAUCCUCCUCUCCUGAGAUUCCUUUGGCUUUUCUGUGGCUUUUUUUUUGUUGUUCCCAUUCUGACCUGGGUUCAGUUCUGAGGAGGCUGGUUGUACUCUGUGUUUUUGUUCCAUCAAUAAAGAUCUCGCAUCUGACCACAAACACAUCAAUGUGCUUCAAGUUUCUGCAAACUUCAGUAGUCAAAACACUGAGAGUUGAUGUUUUUGGUGCAAAGCAAUCACCAAUGAAAAGUCAUUAAAGUGGAGUUUACCAUUUCAUUCACAAAUUGAUAUUUAUAAUAAGUUACAGUAUAAAGUUUAUUAUGUUUUUUUAUAGCUGAUUAGAUUUAUUAAUCUGUGGGAUCAGUAAGUUGUUCAGUAACAAUUCACCUUUUUAAAAAGUUUUUUUUCUACCACAGGAUGGUGUACAUUCAUCUGAGUACAGUUAUGUUGGUUCAUGGCAAAAAAGAAAUUUCACAUUAAAGCCAUAGAAAAAAUCAGCCUUCUGUCAAUUUUAGGUUUUAAAAAUUAGAUUCUGCUCUUGACUGCUUUCUAAUUGUACCCAAAUGAAACCGUUUGUGCAAAAAAAUACAGCCGAUUCCAUCAUAUUUUUUAAAUUAAACACAAAAACAAAUUAAAAAUACUUUGUAUUUUUUAACAUCCAACAUCUUUUUGUCCAAAGAUUCAGCAGCUUGUAGAAACAUCGUCAACAGUUAAAAAAAACAGGCACAGUGUCACAGCUGGUAGAACUGUUGCCUCUCUCAGUAAGAAGAUUGCUAAAUCCCAGUUCAGGACCUUUCUGGUUAGAGUUUGCAUGUUCUUUUCAUGCAUGUUUUCUCCAGGUACUCCGGUUUCCAGACUGUUAGCU